CCGCUGGCGAGCUCGAGACGCGACGCGAAGGGCACCAACAAACUUCCCUAGAAACAAAACAAAAACGAUAUUGCCCGUCUAGUCCGCUCAAGCAAUGUCGGAACCAAUGCAAGAAGAGCCAAUAGAGAACUGUGAAACCGAAUCUCCUGCCCUGGAUCCACCCAACGAGGCUCCCAACGACAAUCCGGAGGAGGUUCAGAAUAAAGAGACAGCUGAUGAUGGCGCGCUUGGCGACGGGUUGAAGGACAUACCUCUGGAUAAGCUGUUUGAUGAUGAGAUGGAUGUGGAUGAUGCUGGCCCAUUGGGUCCGGAAGAAUAUCGUCAUCUGGCCCAAUACGACGAUCCCUGGUCAGAUUUGAAAGAUCCGCACGUGAUGAUGAAUUUCUAUCGGAGGAUCUUCCCCUGGAAGCAACUCUUUCUCUGGUUAAACCAAGACCAUGUUCCAAAUUAUUUAUUCACCCACCGAGAGUUUGCGAUCACGCUCCAAAACGAUGCAUAUCUGCGCUACAACUCCUAUGCCAACUACGUAGACCUACAGAAGGAUAUCAUCCGACUCAAUCCGACUCGGUUCGAGAUUGGUCCGGCAUAUAGCGCUCCACCGAAAGACAGGAAGACGCUACCGAAAGCCUCCUUCAAGCCGAUCCUCCGCGAACUGGUCUUCGAUAUCGAUUUGACUGAUUAUGAUGACAUCAGACGGUGUUGCUCUGACAAGAAGAUCUGUAUCAAAUGCUGGAAAUUCAUUUCACUCGCCAUCCAAGUCCUCGACUUCACCUUACGUCAAGACUUCGGUUACAAGCAUCUACUCUGGGUCUACUCCGGAAGGCGAGGUGCUCACUGUUGGGUAUCAGAUGAAGAGGCUAUGAGAUUGACGGACGAACAGAGGAAGGCGAUCGUCAGUUAUAUCAAUAUCAUGAAGGGGGGUGGCUCGAAAUUCGGAUUGAAGGUCGAUUUGAAGAGCCCCUUACAUCCGAUGGUCGAAAGAAGCUUAAUGGAACUUACCAACUCCUUCUUGCCAGUAGUUUUACGAGAUCAAGAGGUUUUCAAAGAAGAAGAUAAAUGGAAGUUUUUAUUACGAAUCUGGUCGGACACAGACUUGACCAAGAAGUUCGAACAAGCGUGGUUAUCUGAUCCCGAAAUAACCUCGGAGGAGAAAUGGAAGGCGGUACUGAAUUAUUACAAGCCGUCGGAAAAGGAGAAGACCCCGAAUCAUAGCCAGAAGAAGCUCACAGCGCUUCGGGAUGUGAUCAACAACGUCAUACUUCACUACACCUAUCCGCGAAUCGAUCUAGAGGUCUCCAAACACCUCAACCAUCUCUUGAAAAGUCCCUUCUGCGUGCAUCCGGCCACCGGUAAGGUUUGUGUCCCCCUCGACCCCAAAAACCUCGACACCUUUGACCCCGAUAAAGUCCCCGAUGUUCGUGACCUCCUCCGUGAACUCGACAAACACCCCUCGUCUACCCUCCCCACUCCUGCCAAUCCUUCCGCUUCCGUCGAGCCUCCGGUUGCUUUAAAUUGGCACCAUACCUCCCUUCGUCCUUAUGUCGAAUUUUUUCAGGAACAUGUCAACGGCCUGCUCAAGGACCGAUUACAAAUUAAAAAAGAUCUCCAAACUGAUUCUCUAGAGUUCUAAAAAUAUCUUCCCUUCUGGAUACACCAUGAUCAUAAACCUGUUGCUCUACUGAAAAUUUUCAGGUUUCCUGAUCUAAUACUGGCUCCACUCUUAGUCUUUUUUGUCUCAGGACUUACUCCCAC